AUUUUGAUAAAAAUUUAUUUCUCAAAUUGGGAAAAAAUUGAAUAGUGUUCACAAUGUAUCGUAAUUCACUGCUUUCUAGCAACGACCAAACCUUAAUUGCAUAUGAUUCACUUUCAUCGAAUGUUCCUCCUAUUAUUGAAACUCCUGAACGGAUUCAUAGCUGGAUAAAACUCGAGCAGUUUGAAAUAUUACACAAAAAGUUCGCACAAAGUCUUGGAGUUGUAGAAUUAUCUGAGGCACUAAGUGAAAUUGGUAUAAAUUUCUCGAAACGGGAAUUUAGUCGUCUUUUUCUAAAAAUCAAUCAAAAUCGUGAUUUCCUAUGUGACUGGAAUGAAUUUGUUUCAUAUCUGAUUUACGGUUUUCAAGAAGAUGAUCCAAGUACCCAAAAAGAAUCACUCAUUUUGCCUAUAUCACAGGCUCCAAUGGUACGAAAAUCUGAACAUAGAUCUCAAAUUUGUAGUAUUGCCUUACUGAAAGCUGUACCUGAUGAUAUUUUUGAUAAAUCUACUCCAACAACGUUAUCAGAAGAUUCUCCAGAAGUAUCGGGAAUAUGGUUAACUGCAAGUCGUGAGGGUCAAAUACGUUUUUGGUCACCCAGUUUAGAUACAAUAAGAUCUAGAGUUUCAGAAAGCGUUCAUUUAAAAAUGCAAACUUGGAUAUUAGCUAUAGAAGCAUUGUCGGAUGUUAACAUUGUGUGCACUUCAUCAACAGAAAGAGAACUUCGAUUUCAUGACACAAUCGUUCCAACAUUUAGCAUUCGCAUGGUCAUUCGAAGUCUACCAUUUGCCGUAUGCUCGUUAGCUUAUAAUUUUAGUCAAAAUAGUAAGAUACUUUCUAGACUGGUACUUGGAGAUUAUGGAGGAAAUAUACGUAUAUUGGCAUAUUCACCAGUCUUACGGGGUCCAUUUCAGAGUAGACCUGGUGUAACAAUGAUAGAUGUGUUUUGGUCGGAUAUUGUUAAGGGAAAGAUUUCAUCGUUUCAAUUGAAGGAGUAUUACAGAGUUCAUACCGAAAUAAUUCAAACAGUCUAUUAUUCAGUGCGUACCAAUUCAUUAUUCUGCUCUGCCGAAUAUCGCAACACAAAGAAAUAUCGUGGACGUUGUCCUGGCUUAAUUGUUAUAGUAAACGACGACAAGACAACGUUCCGUAUACCGCUGGGUGUAACAACAUUUUAUGUGGAUGAAGCAAAUAAUAUUGUUGUUACUGGAGGACCUGAUACAUUUGUGCGUAUUUGGGAUGUUUUUAUAUCAAGUAAACCAUCCGGUAUACUUACUGGCCAUAAUGGUGGAAUUGUUAAAGUUUUCGUACAGUCUGAAGAGAGGAAAGUCUAUAGUAUAGAUUAUCAGAAAAUAAUAAAAGUGUGGCAUUUAACAGAACAUACUUUGUUACAAUCAUUCGGUGAUUUGGUACGUUUAUUGCCUUCAGAAACUGACUUGUGCUACAAAUAUCACACACAUUCUCGCGAAUUGUUAGUAGGUGGGCGUAAAAUUAUAAGUAUUAAAUGUUGUCCUCGCAUAAGAAUGGAUUUAACUGAUGGAAAUACUCACUCAGCGCCAGUAUCAGUUGUACUAUAUAAUCGAUUAUUUCGUAACAUUGUUACAUGUGGAUUAGAUAGUUACAUAAUUGUAUGGGAUCCAUGGACAGGUCAAAGGAAAGUCAUAAUUAAGAAUUGUCAUACAAAGAUUAUUUAUGGUGAGUCGAGGGAUAUUGAAAUCACAGCAGCUUGUUUUGAUCCUCUUGAGCAAUUUUUAUUAACUGGGGCAAGGGAUGGUUCACUAAAAAUUUGGAAUUAUAACAGUGCAGUUUGCAUGCGAAAUAUGGUUACUAAGAAGGAUCGUGAAGUUACUACUGUCAUAUGGGUAGUAGAUAGAAUUUUAGCCGUCGGUUGGGAUCAGCAAGUCACAGAAUUUAAUGAUGUUGAAGGACGUGAGUAUGGUGAUCCAAAAAAAUGGCCUCGAUUUCAUGGUGACGAUGUUACAUGUGCAGAUGUCAAAGUAGGUGAAGGAGUUGUGACAGCAACAUAUUCGGGGGAAAUAAUAUUUUGGAAACUGGAAACUGGACAGCCAUAUCGUAGAUAUAGUGUCAAGGAUCCUACAAAAUUUAUAGAGCUCAAACGUCGACCUGAUGUCGGAGAAGAAAACAAGGCUUACUUAAUAGAAGGAUCAAAUAAUAUUAAUGUCUCACGAUUUGUGCGACUUUCUGUAUCGGACAGUAUAAAAGCAAUUCAAAGAAAUGUUUUAAGAAGCAAAGAAAAGGGAGAAGCGAUAAAAGCAAUAGAGAAUCUAAAAAAUCCAAAUACUCUUCCAUUAUCAGUUCAAGCCGUACUAUUUCUACAAACUCGACCUAUGACAAAAAUUCAUGGAACUCUGUUUGCGGCUUUGGAAAAUGGAAUGAUACAAGUAUAUUCCCAUCAUCAGCAUGGUGGCUAUAUAACUGAAUUUAAUGCUAUACAUAAAACCGGUGAUUGUGUGUUAACAAUGACAACUGAUAGAAAAAAUCGGUAUCUUCUUACAGGUUCUGCAUUUGGUUAUGUUAAAGUAUGGCAUAUUGUUAAUUAUUGCAUUCCUGAAGCAGAAAAGCAACAUGUUUGUAUGCCAGCGUUACGUUUGCAGUUUAUUUUUCUUCGUAAGGUACGUAUAAUGUCAAGAGCACGGCGUGUAGUGCGGCAUCAGAAGGAACCACUCUUGUUAAGUUCGUACAAGGCUCAUUUGAAGGCAAUUAAUUCGAUUAUAUUCAUUAAUACGCCUAAAAUUUAUGUGACCGGUAGUCACGACUGUUCGUGUCGACUGUGGACCUUAGGUGGUCACUAUUUGGGAACAUUGGGUACACCAGCUAAAUGGCUUAAUAUUUCACCAUUUGAACGAAUGGAUGAACAACAAGAAUAUCGAAUACCUCCUGAUAUCAAGAAGGUUGCAAGCUCAACAACCAUGAAGGUUGUAAGUGGCAUUCAAACUGAUAAAAUGAAAGCCAAGUUAUAUGCUCGUCUCGCAGAAAAAUCAGUUGCUGAAGAAACGGCAGUAGGUUCUCGUUUCUACAAGAUACCAUUAAAAGAUCCAAUUUUGGGACACCAUUUCGCUCUACCUGGCAGCAGUGCAGUAGAACAACGUAUACAGCUGGAAACAAAAUAUGCGUAUACACCAGUUUAUACACAUUUGAAAAUACAAGAAACUAGUGGUAUUGUAUGUCCAAAUAUUCCACCAGUUAUGCAAGAAAUAGAACAAGAAAGUUACAUGGACUUCUAUAAACCAGAAGGUGUUGUUGUUGAUACUAAUUCAAGUGUCUCCUCGGAGUUUCCAGAAGAAACCACAGAAAAAAAUAAGGAGCAAAGCACCAAUAAAGAUCACGAAGACGUUAAAGCUGGUAAAACCAAUCUAAAGAAUAAACUUUAAAUGUUUUAAUUUUGAUUGGUUUAUAUAUAUAUCUUUAGU